AAUACCGAUGAGUAAUAUUCCUUAAGUCCAUGAACGAUGCAAUAACAGUGACAGUGACGUCAUUUUUUGAUAAUAUCACUGACGUUUGUUAGUCAAUUAUUAAAAUCCCAGGUUAUUUUAUAACAGUCACAACGGGGGCCGAACAGUCAGCCAUGUCCGUCUCUCAGAUGGAAAAGAACUUGUUCAACCUAAAAUUCGCUGUGAAAGAGUUGGAGAGGAAUUCAAAAAAAUGCGAAAAAGAAGAAAAAAUGGAAAAGUCAAAAGUGAAGAAGGCGAUACAAAAAGGAAAUAUGGAAGGAGCGAGGAUUCAUGCUGAAAAUGCGAUUAGACAAAAGAAUCAGGCUCUGAAUUAUUUGAGGAUGAGCGCUCGCGUCGAUGCAGUUGCUAGCAGAGUACAAACCGCCCUAACAACUAGAAAAGUUACUCAGUCAAUGGCCGGAGUAGUCAAGGCAAUGGAUGCCGCAAUGAAAUCGAUGAACCUUGAAAAAAUUUCUGGGCUAAUGGACAAGUUUGAAAGCCAGUUCGAGGAUCUAGAUGUCCAGAGCUCUUAUAUGGAAAAUGCUAUGUCGCAGACAACAACUACAAACGUACCACAAAACGACGUAGAUUCUUUGAUGCAGCAAGUUGCAGAUGAAGCUGGACUUGAAUUGAACAUGGAGUUGCCUUCUGGACAGUUGGGCAGCAUUGGUACGUCGACGCAAGUUAGCCAAGAGCAAGACGAGCUGACCCAGCGAUUAGCGAGACUAAGAGAGUAGCCAAUGGAUGUCGAUACUCACAAAUAUCCAUCCUAUGUAUCAAUAAAGAUAAUUAUCGUUUCGAAUUGUCAUCUCGAUAUUCAAAAGACUUAUGCACAAUUGGCUUGGAUAGAAUGCGUCGAAAAAUAUUGCAACAAAAGUAAGUUGUUCAGACGAAGACACUGCGAGCCAACAAACAGAUCUUUGAUAUAGAGAAAAAAAAUGUUCUAUGACAUUUUUUUUUUGUAGAUAGAGCCAGAGUCUUGAUAUAAAUAUAUCUUUAUGCAUAUAAUGAACAUGAGAAUAUUAUUGCUUGUUUCAUACUAUUUUCCAUUGAGAUUCUGUAAUUCUUCCAAUUUUUGAUACAAUCUGUUGUCAGAGAGUCACAGAGGCAAUGUUUGCUUCACAGCGCUACAUGUUUCUCUGUGAAGAUUGGAAAGAAACUUCGUUAAAGGAAUAAGGUACUCAUGCUUUGUUAGUGUAAUAUAUUCUGCAGAAUUUGUCAAAGAAAACUGUGUAUGUAUAUACUUAUAUGUAAAUGUUUACGAUAUACUAAUUCUAUUCACUAUUUAUACUUUGCUUGGGUUUAACAUUCAGCGUUACUCAAUGGUCCAACGGCACCAUUAGUUCGCACUGCUCACUGCUCGGUUUUGAACCGUGUAAAAAUUGCUUGAAGCAGCAGUGCCUAAUCUGGCGUUCGAUAAUGAUGACAACAAUAAAGAUUUAUAAAAUCACGUAAAAAA